UCGUGCGAGAAAAAGAAUCCGAAGUGAGAGUAGGGGGAACAAAAAACACGCAGAAAAGUGAAGGUGUUCUGCAGCGAAGCGAGUGUGUGUGCACAUAUCGCUGGGUAAAAAUUUGCAUUUUCUACUGCGUGCUGCGGUUCGGUUUUGUUGCCAGUAAGUUUCAUCGGAACGGUCUCGUAUAGUGUGAACGCAGGGGGAGGAAAGCGGAGAGCAGCGGAAGCAAGCGAAGUGGUGGAAUAAAUUGUUUGAAACAAAAGAAAAGAAAGCGUCGUGUACAAGCGCUAGCAAAAGCCAGCAGAAGCAGCAGCAACUAAUGCGAGAAGAGAAUAGAUGAAAGUGAAUGAUUUGAGCAUGUGUGUGUGUGUGAGUGGCAGUGGAAGGAAAGUGGCAGAAUUCUUCUCUGCUCGAUAAGGAAAUUGAACUAAAAUUUGUGAAAAGCGCUCCAAGUUGUGGGAAGAGAGCGGUCGCUGCGGUAGUGAAGAUUGGCUCAAGAUUUGCCGGAAACGAAUUCACCCAAAACCAGUGUUUAGCAAUGUGUGUCCUCUCUGUGUGCACCGUCAUGAAACGGUAGAGCGAGAGUGAGUGUGUGUGUGUGAAACAAAGGGAAGAGGAGCGUGGGGUCCCCCCCCCAAGCACAAGCGCUUUCAAUUGUUCGGUAGCGGCGGCAAUAGAAAAAGAAAUAAACAGUGAGAGCGCACUCGCGCCUGUGUGUGUGUGUGUCGAUGGCGGCGAUUCCGCGGCUCAUUUCCGCGUUCUAGUUUGGGGGUUUUCUUCCCCCCAUCCGUCCGCGCCACCCACUGGUGAAAAACAAAGUCACGGGAAAGCCCAACCCAAAGGCAGCACCGCCGAAGCACAUACCCUUUUGGAGCAGACGCCCACCUGGAAGGGAGCGGAGCGGAGUGAUCGUUUGCCUGUGUGUGUGCUGUGCUGUGUGGCCUGGAGCAGGAGGACACCUUCCCCUCCACCCGCCUGCUGCACAAUUUUCUUUCUUUUCUGUCGGUCCCGUCUCCAACGCGAAACAGCACUGGGCAAAUGUUCUGCGGUCGCCGUCGACGGUGUCUCACUACUACCACCAACACCAUCAUCACCACUACCACCACCACCACCAAGAUAGCUACUUCGCUGAAAAGUGCAUCCCACAAUGGAAUGCGAUGUGUCGCCCGUUCCAUCGGUACAGGCGAACCGUACGGCGAAGCAGCAGCCCCAACACAUUGCCACGGCGACGGUGCUAGUAACGGCUGGACCGGUAGCAGCAAAAAGCAGCGCCACUAACAAUGGCAGCAGUAGUAACAGCAGCAGCAGCAGUAGUACCGCAUCGUCAGCUACUCUCAUCACCCCCAGCACCACCACUACCAGUACGGGUACAGCGGCGGGGAGCAGUGACACAGUCGCCUCCACCGUCGAUGAAGCGAUGGCAGAAGAGCCCUCCGCCAUGGAACCGACGACGACGAUGGCGACGGCGCCGGCGACGACGGUGGAAGACGACGAUGACGCGACACCUUCCUCAUCGAUGGCGGCGGGUGUCGGGGCGCCGGAAGGUGGCGACUCGAGCGUCAAGCAAAGUAUCAGCAGCAAUAACAGUAACAAUAAUAGCAGCAACAAAAGCCUCAACAUUGCCGGCAGUGAGACGGCGGGCGGCAGGCCGCUACUACUUCCCCCGGAUCCGGUGGCAGUGAUCGAAAUCAGCGACCAGAGUAUGGCGGACGACAUCAGCUACCCGGAGCUGGUGUCGUGCGUCGACACGGAAACGGCCUGCGUGGUGCUGUCGGACGAGUACGACUCGUCGCUUCCGCUGCGCGAAGACGAUCCGCUGAACGUGUCCGUCGGUUCGAUCGACAUGAUGUUACCCUCUUCGCCGCAUUGCAGUACGCCAGUGUUUGCUGGGGCGGAGUUGAGUUCCCCCCGGCAGGGGAGGAUAGGGACGCCGGUAGGCAAUGCGAGUGUCAGUACCAGCACUACAGGCACCGCCAGUACCACCAGCACCCCGAAGCACAAUCAUCAUCUGCGGCGGAAUCUUCCGAGGCUGGCGACGAGCCGGCAGCAGCAGCAGCAGGCGAACGCCGUCAAGCAGCUGCCCCAAUCCGGCCCGGGCAGUCGGGGCGGUGUGGCGACGGAAAAGCGACAGCUACGGCAGGCGGCAGCGCAGGACGCAGGCCGUAACAGUGGCGGUGCGGCAUCGACGAUGCGCGAGGUGCUCGCCUCGAUACCGGGGUUCAGCAUCAAGCCGCGAAGGCGCACGAACAAAAAGCUGUCGACCGCUGCCCAGCUCGAGCAGACGCGCGAGGGCUGCGUGGAUCUGGAGACGCCCGACUCGAUACUGGUGCACACGAACCUGCGCGCCCUGCUAAACCGGGACACGUUUCAGCUCCUUCCGCCGCUGUACCAGUACAAGCUGGUGCAGCUGCUACCGCCGGUCGACCGGCCACCACUGCCGGAGGCGACGCAGUGCGAGCAGAACGGCAUCCGGCUGAACCCGUCCGGGCUGAACAACGAGUUCUUUGCGCGCGCCUGCCACGAGUGGCGCGACCGGCUGGCGGAGGGCGAGUUUACGCCCGAGGCACAGCUGAAGAUGCGCUCGGAGGCGGAGCGCGAGAAGAGCAAGCUCGAUCCGUGGAAGCUGAAACACUUCGAGCCGAUGUGGGGCGACCGGAAGUACGCCGGGUCGUUCUUUGGGGCGGCAGGCACGGUGGCUAAUCCAACGCCACCGACUCCACCACCACCACCGGAGCCGGCGAUAGCCGUCACAACAGCGAUGGCUGUCUCCGUCGCACCGGUCGUCCUGUCGCCCGCGCUACAAUCACCACCGGCAGUGCAGGUGGUUGCACCCGCGACACAAUCCAUUCCGGCGACGGCACAUACUCCGUUGAUCGGUGCGAAUAGUAGUAGUAGCAGCACCCUACCACCGUCCGUUUCUAUCCUCCCGGUGUCGAAGGGAGUGGUCAGUGGGCAUGCUACGAUCGUGAACGUCGCGGCAAGGCAAACGGUCCAACCACCAACGGUAGCGAUUGCACCGCAACUAACGCCCCGGGUGCAUCCCGUCACGGCCAAGAUCGAUCCGAGCGCGCGAUCGCUGUCCAAGAUGCAGCCGAUCACAUUCUCCACGGCAGCGAGCGUUGUUAGGCCGACGAACGCGGCCAGCGGUACGUGCAGCAGCAUUAGCAGUAACACAAUCAUCACAUCCUCCACCGGCACCAUCAUUCUACCCUCGCGGACGACAAUAACAGUCACUUCCGGCAGCGCGUCUAAAGGCAGCGGCAGUGGCGGCAGCAUUCCAAGAGGUGGAAGCACCGGCGGUGGAGGUUCAGCCGCCGGAGCGAGCGGGCUCUCGGUGGUUCCGAUCAAUGUCCUUACGUGCAGUAGUAGUAGCAGUAGUAGUAGUAGCAGUAACACUGUAAAUACAGCCCGACCCGCACUAAAGACAACGAUAAAGUUGCGUCCCACGACAGCCAUCGCCACGAGCACAACGGCGGCGGCGGCCGCGGUACCAACAGCUGGCAAGGAAAGCAAACACAACCAUCCACCGUACUCCGUCGUCGGUUCAGCGCCGAACGCCGCGUCGGUCAUGGUCGGAGGGGCAGGCGGCACUAAGCGCCUGCUGCCCACGGCUAUGAGCGUGAGCAGUAGCAGCGGCAGUACCACAAUCAGUAGUAGCACCAAUGCCGUGAAUUUGGCCGGUGCGUCAGCCGCCAUGAAGCCACAAAGCAGCAGUCCCGCCGGCUCAUCCUUGCCGAUGUCUCCGAAGCGGCUGCGAACGGUCGGUGCCGUGACACGGUCGGCUUUGGCCGGAACGGGCACACAGCAGCUGCCGCCAGCGCAGCACAAUCCACUCCCAACAACCACCACGGGUAUGGCGGCUGCCGGGUCGACCAUUACGCUCGGUUCUCGGCCGGUCGUCGUGAAGGUGGUUGAACCGUACCGUCCGUCUGCGAUGGUGCGUGCGGUGCCGGUUGAACCGGUGAUCGCUAGCGGAGGAGCAAGCUCCAACCUAAAGCGAACCCACAGCAGCAGCAGUAGCAGCAAUCGCGCGUUGACGCCCGAGCUAAGCAGCAGUAAGAUGACGAAGCGGAAAACAGACGAUGAGGGUGGUGGUUUGCAGCAGCAGAUCAACAGUAGCACCGGAAGCUUUACCGCCGGCAGCUUGUUGCAGCACGGCAAUCCGCGUCGAAUGGUGGCUGUCGUGACGGCGAGUAGCGCCAUGGCGGACGGUAGCAACAUCAGCAGUAGCAGCAGUAGCAGUAGCAACAGCAGCAGCAAUGCUGCAAUGUAUAUAAGCAGUAAUAAUAGUAGUAUGAAUCGCCUUAUCACCGCCACCAGCAGCACAACUAUGCCGGCCACUUCCACUGACGGCGUAAGGAGUAGCAGCAGCAGCAGCAGCAGCAGCAGCAGCGGCAAGAGAAGCACCAGCAGUAGCAUUGUCGGUGGCAAUAGCAAUAGCAAUAGUAGUAGGAUAAAUGUUAGCUGUAGUAGCACCAUUAACUCGGAGGGAUUAGUAAUGAUCAACCCGACCUCCAUUGCCACCACAACCACGGCCGGGCCCGGGAUCUUGCUACAGGCCGGUGCGAAGGCUCGAAGACAAGUAGAAUGUGAUACGCGAACGGUGGCCUCGAUGGCGACCGCACCGAUCGAUCAACGGCGAAUGGUGCUGAUUGAGGGCGGCGCGAGCGAGAAGCGCCGCCGAGGGCUGCUAACCGAACCGCCGGUGGCGACCGUCAUCGGCUCGGCCAAGCGAAGAGCACCGCGGCAAGGCAACCGUGCGAACAGAGGCCGGCACAGCGAGGGGUUGCUAGCUGCCCGGGGGACAACGGCUCCACCGACCACAACGAUCACGAUAGUGGACGAUGAGGAGGCGGAUGGCGGCAGCGUUGGUUCCCCUUCGCUGCUGGUCGGUCGCUCAGAGCCGGAAGGAGAGGAAAGCCACGAGGUGGACGAGAGUGACGAGAAUCGCGAGGUGCUACGAAGACGCAUCGUAGGACCGAUGGUAAAUGGCGACUUCGGUGAGGGAGCUCGAAUAGGACGCGCUGGCGCUGCUUCCUCACCGCCGCUCGUUCCCUCUUCGGACAUCAUUCUCGAGGAAGCGAUCGACUGUGGAGAUGUUGGCGAUGGUGGCGGAAUGCCGGGCAGUACCCGGCAUAUUGGUGGGGGACGGUUGAAAAGAUCGGAUCAUGGCGGCGAAGAGCUAGUGGAGACGAACACCACCUCACCGAUCUUGCAGGAAACGAUCGAGCAGGCGAAUCGCGAGCGGUUGAUGGAUAUGAAUCAUCUCGCCUCGCUCAACGCUAGCGGUGGCGGCGGCACGACACAGAUGAUUUACGAUCAAAACACGGGCCAGGUGUACAGUGUGAUGUGCUUACCGCAGCCGACAAAUUCUGCCCUCGGAGGUAGUGCACUAAAUCUUCGCUCCCUGCCCUCCUCGUUGACUGUAACGGCUUUACCGCAGCAGCAACAACAGCAGCAGCAGCCACACCAUCCAUCUCAGCAACCGCAACUGUCCAUUUCGAACGAUAGCAGUAAUAGUAGCAGCGUCUCGACCACCGCCAUGAUGGCAGCGAGUGACAAUCAUCUGGAUGGCGGCGGAGGUGCAGGAGGGCCGGGAACGACGGCCACCUCCGUUACGGGCAUCAGUACGUUCGAGAACGUACUGCGCCACCACGUGGGGCAGGGUGGAAAUGUCGACUCUGACCUGCUGAUCGUUAAUCCGAGCAAUAUGAUGUCCAAUGUCGAGUUGAAAGUGUCAGAAGAGCUGGAUGACGUUGGUGCAGUGAUGGCUGCAAGGGGAGACAUCGGACGGACUGAAGGGGACGACGAGGAGGAAGAUGAGGAAGAAGAGGACGAUGAAGGUGAUGGGGAGCUGGUUCACACCACCACCACAACCACGAACACUGCCGACGAAGAGGAGGAAGAGGACGAGGAGGAGGAGGAAGAGGAUGUGGACGAAGUGGAGGAAGUAGAGGCUGAGGUGGAGGAGCAGGACGAGGAGGAGGACCCGGAUGCGAUGAUGCUCCGGCAAGGGUUGCAGCAAAUGCACGGAGGCUUGGAGGAGAGUUACGAGGAUGAAGAAAACAACGCUCCCACCGGGUGUUUCAAUGGUGAACUGAUUAGGACCAGCACCAGCACCGCCACUUCCGGCAAUAAGUUAAGUAGUUACGGUCAACCGAAUCUUCAACAUCUGCACCUGCAGCAACAGCAGCAGCAGCAGCAGCAGCACCAUCCCAAUAAUCAUCUUCAUGCGUCGCACCAUCGGCAGGCAGCGAUGGCUGCUGGUGUCAUGAACAUGAACAUGAAUCUGACGGGCUUUCAUCACGAUCACGAGCUGCUGCAUCAGCAGCAACAGCAGCAGUUGCAGCAGUUGCGAAAUGCGACGGCCGGCACCAUCACCAGCUCACCUUCAGCUUCGUCGGACCAGGGGCUGAUGAUGAUGGUGACGACGAGUGCCGGCGAUGAAGCUGGCGACGGUGGUCCAUCCUCAAACAGCGGCGAUGUAAUGGUGAUGGCGAACAACUACUGUGAUAAUCUGUCUGCCGCCGAUGAAGCUGACGGCGAGGAUGAGGAGGAAGAAGAGGAGGAACAGUACGGGCAGCAGCGGGAUGGCCAUGAUCGUAUGUUGCUGGCUGUGGGCGAUGACGCUGGAUUGGAGGAGCAAGCAAUCGAUACGAUCGUAGAUCAGUACGGCAAUCAAUUGCAUCCGUCGGGCAUGAACCAUCUGAAUCACCAUGACGACGGCGUUAUGCACCAUCACCUUCAGCAAGGGUCGGAAGGGGAGGAGGAGGAGGAGGAGGAUGUAGAGGAAGCCAGCUUCGUUCUCGAUCAGAUGCAGCAGCUGCAGCAACAGUUUCAGAACCAACAUCCGCAGCAACAGCACCAUCACCACCAGGGACUACUGCAGAACCACCAGCAGUUGGUGACGUCUUCCGAUGGAACGCAGGUGCAUCUGUAUCCCGGUGCGGGAGGCAUGCUGCUGGACGGUGAUGGACUGGAUGGCGGCGCUAGCUGUGAAGGUGUGGAAGAAGAUCAGCCACAUCACUACCAGCAGCAGCAACUGUUGUUGAAGGAGGAGAAGAUGGAAGAUGAUCAGCAGUUGCAGCAACAGCAGCAUCUGCAUCACCAGCAAGUAUCAUCCGAUGGGCAGCACCACAUUCAGCAUCAGCAGCAGUAUACGAACAGUCAACAUAAUCAGCUGAUGGACAAGUAUAUCGACGAGAUGGACGGUGGUGCGAAUGACGCUGCCGGUUCUGCUGGUGCAUACGUUCUCGAUCCGAGCAGUGGCGAAGUGAUCAGAACAGAAAUUGUGGAACACAAUCACGAUCAAGCAGCGAUGACGUUGGAACAAAUGCGAGAUGAACAACAGGAUGGCUUAUUCGAGGGUGGCGAAACGUCAUCCAUGUUAGUUGAAGACGACGAAAACCAGUGUGUCCACGAGCUCGGUCCGAUCGUCGAAGUCGGGGAGGAUGCUGCUCAGCAACGAGUGGACGAAUCUGAUGACGAUGGCAAAGCAGUGAGUAGCGAUGAACGAGAACGGCAAACAAUGGAUCUGGCGAACGAGAGCUUAGACGAGAACGACGAUGAAGGCGGCGAGGGCGGCGACCACGAGGGUGUCUCCAAACAACGAACCAACGUUUAUCAGCACGAUAUGGGUGCGUUGGUGGCAACGGUAUCUGGCGCUUUGAAUGUAACGACACCGGCGCCGAUCGUUAGCUCAUUUUCACCCUCGAUCACCAACAUGCCCGUGCUGGCGGCGAAACGGACCACCAUUCUGGUGGUGGAAGACUGUAUCGCAACGAAUGGGCUGCAUGCGUCGUACGAGCCGGCACGAUUCUCCCGGAGACGCUCACUGAACGGUGUAGAGAGUGUGCUGUCACCCUCGUUAGGGAAACGGUGUGGCAACGAACUGUUUCUCGGUGGAAGCUCUUACAUACCAGCAGUAAAGGAUCAGCACGCUGGCAAUGAACAGAAGGCUGGUGGUGGCAGUCACACUGAUCGCGUCGAGGAAGUGCUUACAGUAGCACCCUCAUCCGCCGCCGGUGGUGAUUGGCCGCAGUUCAAAAUGAAGAUGAUGGAUUCAACGAAAAUGAUGGUGGUAGAUCAUCACCAGCUCGUCGAUGGCAAUAACAGUAUUAUCAUUUCGCCGAUGGGUACGCCCGGAACGACCACGAUGGUGUCCUCGCCCGGUGCAGCAGCAUUACAGCAGCAGCAACAGCAGCUCCAUACCACCCAGGCCAUUCAUCAGCAUCAGCAGCAGCAGCUAGCAGCAUCACAGCAACACAUCAUAUCUCAACAAUCCCCUACACCGAUCUCGAUGGCAACGACUGCAACGAUCGUGCAACAGCUUGCCAGCCAUAAUGCUCUUCAGCACGCACAGCAGCAGCAGCAGCAGCAUCAACAACGUCAGCAGCAACAGUUGCACUCUCCCGUCAGCAGUACCAACCCGACCGGUAUCAGUUUUUUAGCUCAUCAUGCCCCGCAGCAGCCCGCCGUACAAACCAUGACACCGGUGUCGACAGCGGCCGUGCUAAGCUCACCGCAACAUCCAGCAGCAGCGACAACACCGCAAGGGUUGAGCAUAUUUCAGCUAAAUCCUCAGCAGCAGCAGCAGCAACACCACAGCCCGCAGUCGGUGCUAGGAUGCGGCAACAGUACGAUCCAGCUUACGUCAGAGAUUAAGGACGGUAUACGCAACAGUAUGAUAAAGGCAGAACCGGGCGUAAGCUACACCACGAUCCGGCAAGGCAAUCAGCUUCUGACGCGCAUCAAGCUGGAAAACGACGAUGGACAGCUUCAGCAACAGCAGCUCCAACAGCAGCAGUCUCCACAGCCGACGUUUCAAACGCAGCAGCAGCAGCAGCUGCCCAAAGUGAACGUGGUAACAUCGUCGCCGCUCAUUUCCCUUGGUCCCGACGGUCCAGACAAUCUGGCACGCGUGAUAGAAAGUGUUGCCGGCAACUACUCCACUACCGUCGCUGUGGGUGGUCAGCAGCAGCAACAGCAGCUCGUGCAGCACCAGCAACAGCAGCCACAGCAAUUGAUUCAGCAUGUUCAAACCGCCUCCGGACACCAGAUACGGUACGAGAUGGAUCCGACGGUCAUCCAGCAGCAGCAAGCCACGACACCGCCCCAACAGCAGCACCUGAUAGCACAGCAGCAGCAGCAGCAGCCAAAGUUCAUCAUAACUUCGCGGCCACUGGGCACGACAGCCGCUGGUGCAAAGCUGCCCUUAACCGUACAAGCGGCCAACGUGAUACCGCACAUGCAGAAUCCUCAGUUCAUCCAAACCCAGGACCAGCAGCUGCAGCUGGCGACCAGUCAGCCCACCGUGCCGACGCUACAGAAACCGAUCCAGCUGCAGAAAAUCAUCAUGGCCACGCCGGCGAUUGGCCAGCAGCAACAAGCGCAACCGAGGCCUCGAUUGCCCCUGCAGCGUACACAGUUUGGUGUGCAAGCAAUUCAACCGCAACAGCAGCAGCAGCAGCAGCAACAACAGCCGCCCUCACAGCAGUUCCAACAGCAGCAGCAACAAGCAGCACCGAAAGCACCGCAACAAAUCGCACCAACACAGUCGCAGCAGCGCUUUCAGCAAAAGUACGUCACCAACCAACUGAUCCGUGGCCAGAACGCGUUUCUCAUGAACAAUGUGCAUCACCUACAACAACAGCAGCAGCAGCAACAGGUGGCAGUAGCAGCAGCAGCCACUGUCGGCGCGAAUGUGAUCGUUGGUGCAACGGGCAACAGCAGUCGAAGCAAGCGGACGACUGAAGCCGGCUCCGUCAGUGGAGCUGCUGCUGCCGGCAAUGGCACUGCCACGGGCAAUGGGAGCGCAAGCAGUGGUAGCAGCGGUAGUUCUGGCGGAUCAUCGUCUGGCGGCAGCAAGCGUGGUGGACGGUCGAGCAGCUCCCGGUUGCCGCCCGGUGCGGUAAAUCUCGAACGAAGCUACCAGAUCUGCCAGGCGGUGAUACAGAACAGCCCGAACAGGCAUCAGCUGAAGGCACAGCUCAAGUCACCGCAGGCGUUCCUGGCCGCGUCGAACUCCAACUCGAACAGCAGCAUCAGCAGCAUCGGUAGUACGGGCAGCAGCAGCAGCAGCAGUAGCAGCAGCAGCAGCAGUGGCGUGUCUGCGAGCAGUAUUAUCGGCAACAAUACCAAAGAGGAUGCUAACAGCGGCAGCAACAGCAGCGGUGGCGGCAGUAACAGUGCCUUUGGUGGUGUGCUGGGCUUUGGAGGAAACAAGGUAAAGGUCUCGCGUCUGGUCAACUCAAAGCGUACCGUAUCGGCAGGAGCCCGGCAGCCGUCGCCCAUCGUAGUGCGUCAGGCGUAUGCGGGUGGAGCCGCCGGUGCUGCCACACCACCGUCAGUGGUGAAUGCUUCUGCCGCAGCCGGCCCCGCAAAUCAGUCAAAUCCAAUCAGUAUUAUCGCAACCCCACAAUCGCAGCAGCAGCAACAGCAACUCCAUACGAUCGGUGAGCCGCACGGUCAACAGAUCAUUAGCGUGAGCGCUGCACCGACGAUCGUGCACGCAACUGCUGCUGCGAGCAACAAUAAUGGAACGGUUGGUGGCAACGUAAAUGUUGGUGUAACUGCAGCAGCUGGCGCGACCCCUACCGGUGCAGCAGCAGCUGCGGGAACCUUUGGUGGCAAGUAUGUGCUAGUACAGCGUGCGGCACACAUCGGGGACAUCGUAACGCCGCGGGCGGCUAGCGCACCACCGACACACAAUCAGAUACAAAUUCACCAUGUUCCUGUAUCACCACAUGCACAUCAACAGCAGCAGCAGCAGCAGCAGCAAUUGCACCAGCAAAUGUCCGCUGUGCAGCAGCAACAGCUAUCACAGCAAGUGGUGCAACAUCAACUGCAGCAACAGCAGCAACACCAGUUCCAGCAGCAGCAGGGGCAACUGCAACAGAUAGCGGCCGGCGCGAAUGCCGUGACACCCGCCAGCCUACAGGCGGCGAUCACCCGCCGAAUACCGUCCACCCACGUGAUCACCUACGGUCAGGAUGACAGCGGCGGCAUCGAAGCCGAAGACGCAACGGGCACGAAUAAUGCGAUCGUCUACAUGGAUAGCCCGAACGCAUUGAUCGGUGGAUUGCAACAUCAGCAGCAGCAGCAGCAGGAACAAGCGUUUCUGGACGGUUGCGGCAAUGGUCCCGGAGGGGCAAAUAGCAUUGUCGUCAUGAACGGUGGAGAUACAAUGGAGCCACCGGCUGGUGUAAAUGAAAUGAUGGAUGCUUCCCACUCAUCAGCCAGCGAUGGGGCGGCGGCAGGUAUGCUAGUGUCUCCGUCGGACAUUUCGCCUCACUUCAACAAUCAAAUGAUCGUCGCCGGUCAUAUGGAGCUGCUGGACAGUGGAUACAUCAACAACGAUGCAGGUAAUCAUGUCGAAGCAAUCGAACCGCAGCAACAGCAGCAGCAGCAACAAGAGUCGAUUUCCAGCACGGAACACGAUAUCGACACACUGAACUGCUGUUCCCCGCCGACAGCGCUCGCGGAUGGUGGCGGUGGCAACGCAGCUGACAAUGGCGGCGGUGAAGAUCGGGACGGUAUGGGGGAACGGAACGACGGGGCCGGGGAGGACUGUUCCUGUUCUCUCAAUGCGAUGGUGAUCUGUCAGCAGUGUGGUGCCUUCUGCCACGAUGACUGCGUCAGUGCAACGAAGCUAUGUGUAUCGUGUGUAGUACGCUAGGGAACCAUUUCCUCUUCUUUCUUUUUUGCACCAUUUUGUCUUCGUGGCAUGGUUGGAUUGGAUGCCGUCUUCCGAGGCAGGAAAGACGUAUUAUUAUGGUUCGAUUUUUUCGUUCUCCGUUUGGACUUUUUUCACUUUAACGUGCGUUUCUAAUUUGAAUCUGUGUAUAGGCAGAGUUUUGUUUUUGGUACAGACAAUUGAAAUUUGGUGCAAGUUUUCUUACCAUAAGUUUUAUUUAAUUUUACUGCUUCCGUACAAACGGGGUCGUGACGGCACCAAAACAAAUUUUGUGUGGUCGAAACAGCUCGUACUUUUUUUUUUACAAAUUAUGCAAUGAAUUGAAUGAAAUUUGUCGUUUUCCAACAUUUGAUUUGGAAUGAACUAUGAAUCUUUUUUUUUUUGUACACGGUUAAUAGAUCGUACCAGGGUGUGAAGAGUGCAGAGAAAUUGGACUGCCGACGGUUCGGAAAUUGGACUAGAAAACAUUUAUGGAAUACACAUAUUUAGGCUAACGUCGUGUCCGUCAGAUGAUAAUUAACAUUCCCAGUCACGAAAGCAAGCAAAGAUUUCGCUGCAAUGCGCGCGGUUCUUGUACAUUUCUUCUCACUAGAGGGUUUAGUUUUCGGCGCGAGUACGUACGUGUGCUGUACGCGUACGGGCGCAACGGAUGCAUGUAUGAAUUUCAAAGAUUAUACGAAGCUAAUUCAAAGAGGGACUUGCGUUGUGUUUAAUUCUUUCGUAAUGUAUUUAUUGUUCUACCUUGUAUUGUGUACAUUUAGUUAUGGUCGUUUGUUCGCGUAGGGAAAAACGCAUUUUAUCGUAAUGUGUAGCGUAACUUUUCUACAGAAAACUGGCACUUUUUGACUGGCUGAUAAUGUGAUCUAACAGGGAAACGCGCCCCGCACGUGAAGGGGUGGGGGAAGGGGAAGAUGAUACACUAUGAUAGUCGUUGAUAAAUCUCUCAGUUACUGUUUUUUGCAAAGUUAAUGCACCCUCCACCACCAAACUUGUCCCCCUUCUCCCACAAACAACCAACCUACCACCACUCCCAUCCAUCACCCCCCACACUUGUAUGAUAGUAGGAAAAUUGUGUUUCCAUGUACAUUUAUAUCUCGAUUGAGCAACACACACAAACAAACAAACAAACUACACUCUCACAUCAUGAAUCUUUCGAGUUGGUGAGAAAAGGGUCGAGGUACGUUUGCGGGCGAUAAAGCGUUUGUUUAGCAUAAAAUUAAGGCUACGAUUAUUGUGGUGCGAAGAUCCACAGAAAGACAGAAGCAACAUGAAGAAGCAAAGGCCGGGGAGAAAAUAAAGAAAAGGUAACAAAAAAAAAAGAACAGCUGUGUUACACAGUAGUUGACAAAAAGAGAAGUUGUGUAUGAACAGAAAAAAAAAACAAAAAAGAAUUGAGCUCGCACUGUGCACAAAGAACUAGAAAUGGCAUUAAAGACACAAAGCGAAAGGAAGGAAGGAAGGAAGUGCUUGAAUGCAAAUGGGUUAAGUAAACAAGUAAUGUAAUUUAUUAUCACUAAACACUAAACGGUUCAACGCAACAAAACAGAAGCAAACAAACACAAGCAAAACAGCAAACCAACCGACACAAUAAAAAAGGGUGUUUGCGUAGGAAGAAAACACUCCUGCUGGUAACUGGUACAGAAAAGAGGAGGAUGAAUUGUGACUCAGUGAACCUCUAACACAAGCAAAAAGAAAGAGAAAAAAAGAGCAAAAAAAAAACACAGAGAAAACGAGUGUGAUGCUACAUUUGUGGUAGCAAUAAAGAACGAGAUUGACAAAGAAAUUAUGUAAAAAAGAAA